AUGAAGGACGCGCUUCGGCUUUGCGUCAGCUGCGCCGAUGCGCUUGCACAGGAGGGAGAGUUUAUCUGUGCCCGGAGGUUCUACACCUUCGUAGCCGACAGUUGCGAAGGGAUCAAGCGCGAGCGAACCGCCUUGACCCCUCCGGCCGCUGAAGGAGCCACUCCCAAGACGCGAUCAACAUGCCUCGCUCAGGACGAGGCGUCCUGGAUGGCACGGGCGGAAUUUGGCGCUGCGUCCAUGGAGCUGCGUGUGGAGUUGGCAAGGGACCCCCACGUGCAGUUUGCAGCAACGCUCACGAAAGUCACAACUCACUUGCGAAGAAUUCAGAACGCGAUGCAGUUGAUGCUCAACAGGCCUAAGGAUGAGCACGAUGCUGUGUCGUGGGUGGUGCUGGAAGGAUGCGUUAUCCUGUUCGACUGGUGCGAGCCGUUGUCCGCUUUGGGCCACGGUGAUGAGGUCGUGGAGUUUCUGGCGUGGAGCACACUCGCGAUGGAAUCCAUGGUCAGCCUAAGCACAGUGAAGCAUCUCCCAUGGCGGACCCGGCUGGCGGUGGCAACAUGCUACGCCUUCGAAGACUCUGGAAAACCUGCAGCUGCGGCAAAGUGCGCCGCCCACGCAUUAAAAAAGGUCAGGGAACUUCGUCGUCAGGAGGAGAUGGACCCACCUAUCCCCCCCAAUGUGACGGAAACCCUCGAUGUCGCGGAGAGUGACCUGACCCUACUCACGUUCAAGUACACCACCCUGGCCACCGCGGCUGCCAAACGACCACCGUCGUCGACAGUUGGAGGAACUAAUGAAGGCGGUGAUAACACCGGCGGAACCGGGGACGAAAGCGUGGAGGGAGGGCUAUGUGAGGAGGACCUACGCGGACUGCUAGACGAGCACGUGAGCGCAUUGAGUGGGGGCAAUGUAUCUGCAUCUCCCAGACAGAACGGUGAAACUGCAACGGCCUUGCUGGAACUCAUCGGCUCCGGCGACCGACGCUCUACUUCUUCUGUCAAUGGAAGUGCUGGAACGCUCACCGCUAGUGAGUCCUCCUUGGCGUGUAAACUGGCCGUGUCGCUCUUGCUGCUGCCUGCUCCCGAGGAGCGGGAGGGUGAAGAGGAAGUGACGAAUGACGCGGAGGUCGAUCUCAAGAAGCAUGAACUGCUCACGGGCGAGGAGAGUAUUGACAACGGUAUCGAUGAGGCAUUCCCGCUCUAUAUCGACCAAGAGCUUAUGCGAGAGAUGUAUCAGCUUGGCGAGUUCCAGGCGUGGGAGGCGAUGCUACCGUCGACAAAGCGGCGCCUGCGACAAGCCUCGAAGGGAUCCCUCGGGCGGAACGAGUGUCGGGCAUUCUGGUUCGAAAUCGCUCUUUGGACCAGCUGCAAGCGCCUGCAGACGUGGAGAGACAAGCCGGAGCCAUCGAAACCAGCCGAGAAGGGAGUCCUUAAACGGACACCGCCGGCGAGUAGAGAGGGCUCGUCGAACCCGAUAUCGUCCACCCAAACGGCAACCGAGCGUUCAUCGGAUUCUGGCGACAGUGGAGACUGCAGCGAAAAGGAACGAGGAGGUUCUUGCGCUUCUCUGGUCUUACCCGCAGCUGCUGAAGGAGAAAAACGACGUGGGGUAUCAAAAGGGGUGGUGGUCAUGGGUGCAGAGGAGGAGCUGCGAGAAUCUCUGAAGGGAACCCGACCGGCCGAGGUCGUGGAAGUUGCCCUGGGAAGAGAUGGCACUGUAAGCGUCAGAGUCAACCUCACACCGAUGCUGACGGUGGUGGACCUCCUCCGCAAGGCGUUGUUCGGUCAUUACCGCCAUCUCCUAGAGAGUCGAGGAGAGGCUCUGCUUGACGCAACGAUGUUGCUUUGGGAGCCCUACGUGGCGAGCAUCCUGGAGGGGCUGGACGGCUUGCCGGGGGAAGCCGAGAUCGACUUGCCUCUCCUGGAUGCGCUUCUGCUCUCGCUAGAAACGAUAUGCGCGUGCCUGUCGGCGUUAAACGCCGAUGAUGAGUCCCUACGGGCCACUGUCGCUCUUCGUCUUGCGAUCCUGCAGGCCGAUUUCCGAGGGGACCGUCGAAAGGCCUGUCAGACACUACGGAGUGCCCUGGCGAGUAUCGAUAAGCACCGCAAGGGCGUUAUCUGCAAUCAUCUACAUCAUGCGACGACCGCCGACGAUACUCACGGCAACUGCAGCACAGGCACCCGCAGCAGCAGCAACACGAGAAGCAUCAGCAGCCGUAGAAGCAGCGCACUAACGAGGGCCUCCGUGACCGCUUCGUUUCACAACGAGGCCGAGUCGAUCAAUUCCACACGUGGAAACAGCGGUGAUGGUGGCGGUAAUGCCCGAGGAGAUUGGGAGGUGGAGGCGGACAUGGGGUUCCAGGAACUGGUAGCGCUACAGCUGGUCAGUGAUAUUACAAGCACUCUGUUUCGAGUCGAGCUUUUGAUGGGUCGAGACACCGCUUGCCAGCUGGCGAAGCACCAGAAGGCCGAGGCAGCCGCCAGACUUGCGGCGCGUAGAAACGCGUCGAAACGAAAAAGGCCUCCGAAUAAGGCCUCCAAGGUUACUUUCGGCGACUCGGACGGGAGGCUGGACACCCGGGCAGGGUCGCUGGCUGCAGGCUGGUCGGUCGUGCUUCCUGUAGGCGUAGGAGGCCCGGGAAAUGGAAGCGACGGUAGUACCGGGGGCGUCACGAAAGCAUUGACAGGCUCGAACGCCAUUGUGUGCGCGGCUGGAGCGGGCCCGUUGCUCACCAAGGCUGCCGCAGCUCUCGAGGGGGCCAAGCAGGGCGGCGAGAUUUGUCUCGCCCCGGCGGCGCCGGCCACCACGAAGGGGAAGGACGGCCCGGGACUAUGGAAGGGCGACGAGGUAACAGGUUUAUGUGUUUACUGUCUAGGCGGUUUGCUGAUUGUGCAAGCAAAGGCUACCGAGAAAGUUCUCCUCGGAAUGAUGCCCGCUGCCAACACAGGUGGGGAAGACAGCGCAGACGCCAGGAGGAGUCUAUCGAAACAACCUUUGCCCGACAACAACAAGAACGACCUCAACAACAACAACAGAAGGGCGUCGAUCCGCGCGCCUCCUCCCGCCCCUCUUCUUGUUUCGAGGUCCCACAACUCCAUUGAGCUACUACCCUUGCUCUUCCCUCCUUCGCGCCAGCAUCAGCAUGGGCAGGCAGCAGGAAAAAAAGACGGACGCGGGGUAGACGGCGGCGACCACGUGGUGGAAACAACCCUUGAGUUGUCCAACGCCACUUCCACUACUGCGGCGAUGUCUCGGCACGCCGCAAGACCGCCAGCGAAAGCGCGAAGGGUAGUCAAAGUGUUCGCCGUCGCUGCAUUUGAUGAGCAAGGGAACCUAAUCGGAGAGGGCAUCGGCGAGGCCUGCUCCCCGGUGGAAACCCUGAACCCUCUCCCGCUGCCGCUGUGCUGGGCGCACCUGUCACGGACGGCGCUUGGCCUCGGGUGUUCGUCUCUUGCCGCUCAGGCGGCAACGGAGGUGUAUCGAGAGCUCAUGACCCUAGCUGCGGGCAACCUUCUGACCAGUAGUUCAGCAAGGAAAGCAGGCCGCCAUGGAGUGGUCGGGCGAACGGCCAACAGUGGCGCCAAAGCCACAAAGGACGUGCCGACAAUUGGAGGGACCGUGACCACUGACCUUCGCGAUGGAUGGAUGGCCAGUCCCUUGGUCGGUCAAGCCUUUGAGCCUGAGGCCCUGGACAGAUGCCCGAGGGGGGUCCUUCAGGUUUUGUGCCAGCUUCAUCAAUGCCUGUCCUUGGUGCCGAGGGGAGACGGGUGGGACAACGUCAUCAAGAGCACGUUUGCGUGUUUGGCAUACCAGAUCACUAUCAAGGGACAUGAAAUCGGCGAGAACCUCGUAGCACGUGCGACCCUGUUGGAUCACGGACCGGACGGGGAUCACACCGCUUCGGCCGGAGCCGUGGUGUUUAUGGAAUCGUCUCCUACAGCACCCGGAGUAGGAGCAGCAGAGGGGGCGGAUGAAGACGAGGGAAGCGUCCCCGAGGGAGAAACAAGAGACCUGUCAUUGAAAAAUGGCACACCCGCCCAGGCAGCACUUCUAGAGGUAUGGAUGGGACUUCAGGGGUAUGGGAUGGCAGCAGGGGGCGAAGCGGGAGGGGCUACUACAGAUUUUUCCAAGCUUCGGAAAGCGCUCGACCUCGAGGAUUCGGAUUCAGCCACCAGUGCUUCCCCUUUUGCGGGAGGGGGUGGGAACGCGGGGGAAGAGGAUGCAUUGGUUGCCCCGAUUCCUUCGCUGGAGGUGAUGUCAUGCGCUCACAAGAACCCUGCAAAGGCGUGGGAACUUCUGCAGGGGGAAGCGUUCACUUCUCACUCAGAUCGAGCGCGACUAAUGUGCAGGGUGUGCUGGAUUGCUCUUGACAGAGGAAUGGCCCAGCAGGUGGUGUCCUGGCUGGACCCUGGUGAGCUGGGUGCUACGGGCGCCGGCACCACGGCGGAAGAUCGUGCUGCCGGGGGCACAGAAGCAGGAGAACGCGGAUGUGCUCACGUGCUGGCAGAGUCUGACCUGAAACCCUUGGCCGCGAAGGUCCUGGCCCUGGAGGGUGGUCUCGAGGACUUGCCGUACAUCGUGCCAGCCCCUGGAAACAAAGACACGGGAAUGAUGUCGGUAGAAGCCGCACAAGGUAUUGACGAGGGGGCUGACAACUCCAAAGGCAACGCGGGUGGCGAAGCUGCUGCAGUGACUGACGAGGGAGACAUUGCAGAGGCUGAGAAAAGAGGGACAAACGUCGACCCAGGCGAUCGCAGUGACCGGAGUAGUAACACGCGAGGCGAGGGAGAUGAAUGCAUGGACGCCCUGACGUUGGCUGCCUCGACAGCGGAGUCCGAACAGCUCCUGAGGCUGGCGGAGGUGGAACACAUCCUCGGAGCCGCUUGCUUACAGCUGGGCCUCGCCGCCGCCGCUACUGUGGGUGCUAGCAAGCUGGCGACCGGUCGACCUACUGCCAACGGUCAGGUUCCUUCGCUCCAUCCACAGCCCGCUGCCAGUGCUGGAGCGAUAGCAGCGAACCCUGUAUCGUCGAUACCUGCAGGUGUAGCAGGGGUUUUAAGAGCGACGCCGCCAGUUGAGGCUUCCAGGCCAACUGUCAAGGAAGUGUGUGCGGCCGCGGGGGGCGGGCGACUCCCGUGGGGUUAUGGGACCGGGCCGUUCGCCGAAGUCUUCGCGUCGAAAAACGAACUUGUUGUUGAAGGGGGCGGUGGCGGCAGGGACAUAAGUGGCGAUGGGGGUGGCGAUAGAGGUGGUGAUCAUGGUAGAGACGAAGAGGACAUCAUCUCGCAGCUCGAGGACGACGGGACGCCAUGGCCGAGCAAAAAUCAAACGAUUUCUGCCGUCGAAGGGGCAGUCAUUAGCGAAAACAACGACGAAGGAAAUAGCGCUGGCGGCAAUGGUGAUAAUCAACACGGAAAAAGCGCUGAUGGGGACGCGUUCGCCGUUUUUUUCUCGAUGGCGAUGCUGCACCUGACCAAGGCGGCAAGUCGAGCGCGGCACGCGCACUCGUGGUCCAAGACCGAGAGGUCAUGUGGGCUGCUGUGGAACGCCAUCCUCGCGCUCUGGCUAUCGCCGCAAGACUUUCGAUCGAUAGAAAGCGCGGAGGUUUGCGUCGGGUGGGGCCUCCCACUGGGUGAACACCAUGGCCGUAUCUACGCGAAGGCAUGCGAGGCCUUGCUUGAUGCGGUGGAUGCAGCCCAUGGUAUUGACCGUGGUGGUGACCGAAGGGGAUUGGCGUCAAAUAGAGGGUCGAGCCAGGAGAGCGCCGACGACGACAGCUCUGAACACGAAGGCGGGGUCGGUUUGAAGGCACGCCUUGAAGCGAUCGACGAGAAAUUUAAGGAAGCACAGGCCAAGCGCCGACGCCGAAAGGUGCUGAAAGCACUGGAAACAAAGAGUAAGGAGGAAAUAGAGCACGAGCGAGCUAGAGAGCCGCUGGUCGAGGAUGUUGGGAACGCGAGGGUGCGAAAGCAGAUUCACGACCACCGCCUUGGCACGCUACUUCAGUCGCGGGACAACUACGCAAAAACCAAAGAGAUCGGUCGCCGUAUUCUAGAUGACGCGAGAGAAACCCUCGUGAAACACCUCGCUCUACUGUCGCCGACACCGUCGCCAUUGGCUUCAUCAGAAUCUCCCACCGCUGGCGACGGAAACGUUCUUCGUCAAGAACUAGCCAACGGGAGCGUCCCUCCAACGGAUAAUGACAUCCGCGAUGGCGACGGUGUCGGAGAUACUCCGGACUUUCGCUUGGUCGAAAAGUCUGAGAGCGCUGUGUUGAAGGUUUAUGGACGAGCUGUGGGCGUGCUGAGGGACAAGCGGGAGAGGGAACUCCUGACAGAGGCCCUGUGCGACAUGGGAGACCUGCACGCGCUGGGAGGACACUACGACUCAGCCUCUAAAAGUUGGAUGGAUGCUAUCGACAACCUGUGCUCAGCUCUGGACUCCACCAAGCACUGGCGAUCAAUAUUCUCAACAUUGCGUGCUGCUCACCCCUCGUCGGGAGGGCCGCAUGGGGGCGGGGGAUCCCUGGCCCUGGCGCUCGGUCGGUGGAGCUGUAUCGCGGGUGGCACCCUCCUCGGAAAGCUCAGCAGGUUCACCGGGCAGAACGAUAUGCGCGGGCAGUUGAACCUGUGCCUCAUGGCCGCGGAGAUGUUUCGAGCACCCAUGGAGAUUUCACUCCCAUACCCUCAGAGGGAAUGCGACUACGCCUCCUUCACGCCGGAAACCCUAGGAGGGCCUGGCCUGGAAAGUCUUGGACUGUGGAUAGACGACAGGAGAUUGUCGGUGUCGUCCCUGUCUCUGUCUCUGAUGCACGUUCAAGGUGUUCUGGUGGCGGCGGGAUGCUACAAGGAAGCGUUCCCGGUUCAGGCGGUCCUGGAGCAUGUUGCAUCAAAGGUCACGUUAGAUCCUCUCCAGCUCGUCCGCGUGCAGCUGGCGCGGGCGGAGUGCCUCGCUGAGGCCGGGUUUCCGGCGGAGGCUGCAUCGGCGUUAGCGGCCGUGCUUUCUGGGGGGAGCACGCCUAAAACCACAGCCGGCUACGCCGGUCGCAGGUACAAUGUGAACUCUUCAAAGGACCCCCCUCCCGCCCCCGCGGAAGCAGAAACACCCGUGGCAGGGAAAGGGAAAGCGAAAAAAGGAGUGGGUACCAAAGGAAAGGGCGGGGGAAAAUCAGCAGCAGAUUCUACAGUAGAGAAGGAUAGCGGAGUGUCCGUUGGCGCUGAAGUCAGCCGGGCGCGUGAUCCCAGAGAUAUGGCCAAGUCUGGCCUCCCAUUCUAUGGGUUCGCUCCGUUCCGGAAUAGCCUGCCCCUCGGCCAUCCCGACAACGCACCCGCGGUCUCAUGGCUCGUGGGCGAGCUUCCUGGAAUCGGUGCCGAUGAUACCUCGGAUGCCACGGGGGAACCUUCGAGGUUCCCCUCGGACACGAAUGAGUCAGCGGACAAAUCACCAGAUCAGACCGUAAGCAUGCUCAAAUCUCGGCCCAGGCAUGUUCGCCUGCUAAAGCGUGGACUGUUCGGCGUCAAUCCCACCUUGGAGGAAUUACAAGGGGAGAAUGAAGCGUGUCUAGUGGCUCGUGCGCGAGCGCGUCUGCUCUUGGCCCUGGCGGACUGCAGCGCCACGUUGCCAUCCGAAGAUGGAGAAGGAAGAUCAAAUGCAAGAGAAGGGGAAGGCGAUGCUGACGUAUUGAAGCGCGUACGGGAUGCUGCGGACAGCAUUCUCGGGGAAGUUCUACAGGUAACCUUCAAGCGCAUCUCUCCCGCGGCCAUCCCGACGCCAACUGCCCCCCUCGACACCGGCCGCUCGGGGAAAUCUGCCGCAACGCAAGAAUCAUCUCUGUCGGUGCACCCAGACGGCAUGGAGAGCGGAGAAAGGGCCGCGACAGAGGCGGCACACAUGGCGGCAACAGCGCCGGACCAGCCAGAUGGGUGGGCCCCCCCAAUGGCUGCGGAUGCCCUGCUAAUGAGGGGGAGACUUGCUCUGCUUGACGGAAAGUUCAGGGUGUGCCGGCACCAUGCGUCGCGUGGCUUGGCGGUUCUCCUUCGCCACGGCCUUGGUGAGAAAGGUGGGAAGUCUUUCCCUCCACACCGUGCGAAUGGUGCAACGGCAUCGAUGGGCAAGCUCACCACCGGCGCGAGUAGCUUGAGCAGCGGACGACAAUACGGCGAUAAUGACAACACCGACGGCAGUAUUCAGCACGCGAUGGCCAUGAAGAACGCCGGCGGCACUAGCGGGGGCCAUUCAAGGGUGAUGCUCGACGACGAGCAGAGACAGCCGUGGAGGGUUAUCCGGACAUGGCUUGAGCUGCGCCAUGAUCUUGCCGCUGUGGCUCUGUUGCAGGGACGCACCACGGAUGCCAUGCUUCAGAUCCGAAGGGGGCUGGACGAAGCACAUGCGGUGGGCGAGGGCGUGAUAUCAAACCGCUUACGCCGACUUGGCGCACAGGCUGCGGUGGCGGAAGGCAACUUGGAACAAGCGGUGUCGGACUGCCAGGCCCUCGCCACCGACUACAUCAACGAUCCCUCGACGUCCGCGGUCGAUCUAGCCGCUGUUUUACGACUCAUGGCGAAGAUUCGACAUCAGCAGAGCCUCGUGAGCGGGGAGGGCGACCGGAGGCAGGCCCUGCUGCUGGUCUCUGAGGCGCUUGACGCUCUCCGCAUCGCGGACCAAGGGCUGCUCUCCGCCGCCAACGGCCUGGGGUGGAUAGGGUCGGGCGUACUGACGUAUUCACAAAGGGAGGACAACAGCAUGGACGCAGACGCCAAACCACACUUGCUGCACGCCCUGGGAACCUCGUUCCGGGAUCUGAGUCGCGAGUUGCCGGGAGACGUCGCGUUUGGGCUUGCACCGGCAGACGAAAGUGACGAGACGGCCCAAUCCUCUCUGGCAAACCUGUAUCUACCAGCACUGCGGCUCCUCCUGACUGUCAGGGUGACGCUACUGGAUAUAAUCGAAGGCGUUGGACCGCACAACGCGGAGCGCGAGGAGCUGGAGCGGCGGCAGUCUUGCGGAAGUGAAGGAGACAACGAAAGAUCCUUCCAGCAGCAACAUGGGGACGUAGAGGAAAACAACCUCGCGGGCACCGUCGGGACGACUGGGGAAGGAUGGUUAGCGGGAGCUUCAAGUUUGGCUGAGGAGACUAUGGCGACAGUCGCACUUUUGCGGCACAUUGCGCACCCGCAUCCUGCUCUUCGCGCCCACUUGCUGCUGCUGGUCGGGACGUUCCGCUUGCGCCAGCUAAAGAACAUCCAGGGUACGUCCUCGUCAAGUUCGAGGGAUCCGAUGGGUUCCACCGCUACAACCGCCGUUGAUGAUGAUUCUGCAGGAGUCUAUGCACUCACUCACGGGUCACACUUGCCGCGAAUGGGCUCCCCUGACACAUCGAUCCUAGAGGCGGCAACGGCGACAGCGCUGACGGCCGCGUUGCGGGUUUCCUUCUGGCGGGGAGGGCACGACUGGCGCGUCAUGAGCGACGCAUGCAUGAGCCUCGUGGUGCUAUACUACAUCACUGCAGCAAAGACCUCCAGAAGUAUAGAAAACGGGGAACACCUUAGCGACGAUGACAAGAACGGUGCUUCACUCCAUGCCGCGGGGGCUGAUGAUGGGCAGGAGUUACAUCGACACAAGAUGGGAUUGUUCGUCCACUACCUGAGGCUUGCAGCCUCGAUCUCGUUGGGCCACAGGCGUCUAAGUAUCGAGCUUGACAGCAUCGCAAGCGACCCCCUCCCUGCUGCGGUGAUCGACAAUAUGCCAAGGUCGGCACUAGAUGAACUCGCGGGUAGAGGAGGGAGAGGACCAGAGGACGACCCCCUUCGCCUGAGCACACGUGGUCUGCUGCAGUUCCUGCGUGCUCGGGUACACGAGAAAAGCCUGGCGGCUGCUCCGGUCGACCUGCUACCAGCCUCUGUGGUCUGCCAGAUCCACGCCCUCCUGUACCGUCACGUACCCUUGUACCGGAAGAAAUGCUGCAUCCAAGCAUCCUCGCUUGACCCACCAUCGGCGCCAGAGACUGUGGGAGAAGCUAGCAGCUCGGCGGACGUGGCCUCCGUUCUUUCUCCCGCGGUGAUUUGCGUGCAGUGGAUUUGGGGUGAUUUCCACGGUAUCGGUGCUCGCGGCAGCAGUACCGCCGGCAGUACUUUAGUUGGUGCCGACGACGACGGAGAUCAAACGGUUACGGGGCUGUACCCAGCCCGGACUGCGUUCAUCCUUCUGGGCCCCGGUCAGCCUAAUGCUGCAGACGAGAAGACGGGGCAAAAAGGACCAUUGAGUGGCAGCGAGUUUGGCCCGUCAAUAUUGGUGGCUCGCGUACUCUCUUCGAGUGCGGACGGGCUACGGCGCCGUGCCUCUCAGCUCAAGGCUCUAUUGUCCGCGAUCGAGAAAAAGAGAAGCGCCGACGCCACGGCCGCUGCUGUAGAGUCGGGCGGUCCCCCAUUGGCACUCAAGGAUCGUUUCAACCUUCUUCUUCAAGACGCCGCCCAGGCCCUCCGUUCUGGACUUGUCGCACCACCUCUGACGGGACCAGAAGCAGAAAAAGGAACUGUGGAAAGUGGGUUGGCGCCGACUAAAAGCAAGGAGCCAGCAGCAGCUGCGGAAGCACCGGGCUCAAGCUCGGACCAAGAAGCAGUGAUGGCUCUAACCGUGGAUAAUGUCGGAGCCGUGGAAGGUGUUUUCAACACCGACAUCGGAGUGGACGUCGAAAACGAGCAGCUUUGCCGCUUUUUGCGCGCCGCCACAACAACGACGACCAAGAUUAGUGCUUCACCCUAAAUGUUACCCUAUCCAAAGGGAAGGGGGCAAGAUGAGAAGAAAUGCAUCCGCGUAUGCAAAUAUUGACCUAUGUGUGGCCUUGGGAAAUUGUAGAAGGGUGUGUUCCACGAGGCGUUCCGCGCGUUACAAUGAUAACGCCCAUGGAUUUGCACUCUCCAACGCGCCACGACUUUGAGAAAAAACAGCCGAACAGGUGCAGGCAUCCGGCAUCGUCAAGGUUCAUCACCUCGUUUCGAUACCUGUUUUCUGAAUAUGUUACAUGAACGCUUCGCCUGUAUACCAAACGAACUGCCACAGUUGUGUCCGGCGUUAUUGGAGUAGAAAAAUCGCUCCGGUUUGAUGUUCCUGCGGCAUGGUCGAUGGAGUGCUUGGCUUGCAGCCUGUUCUUGGCUCUGGUCAACGCCCGAAAGGCCUAGACCACUCAGAGCUGAGAAGAUAUGGAUGAAGAUAUAUUGGGCAACGCACUUUGCCUCAACCAAGCGUUUCAUCAUUCUGAUGCGGGCCGGCGCAUGACGAUGGUGUCAUGAGAACGAUACGCAAGGCUGGACAGCGAUCCAUGUGUGCAGAGGUUGCUGAGAAGAUAG